GUACUGCGGAAGUGUCGCGAGGAAACAGAUUGCAGCUCUGGAACCGCUCCCGUGCAGUUCGGAUUGUAAAGGCGGAUAAAACCCCUUUAAAAUGUCGGGAUUCGACAGAAACCCGUUCGAAACCACAUUCGACGUAAAUCCCUUUCAGGAUCCGUCUGUGACUGAUGUGACUAAUUCUGGAAUUGAUCACAUUGAACAUUUCAAUCCGUUCCGUGAUGGGACCUCUGGAACCACCAUCCCAGCUUCAACCACUCCAUCUCAACCUGCUGUAUUGCAGCCGUCAGUCGAGCCCACUCCACAGGCUACAGCUGCAGCUGCGCAAGCAAAUCUGAUCAGACAGCAGGAGGAGCUGGAGAGGAAAGCAGCUGAACUAGAUCGACGAGAACAAGAUCUACAAAACAGAGGAGCACCUACAGGCAAACAGAACAACUGGCCUCCUCUACCCAAACGUUUUCCCAUCAAGCCGUGCUUCUACCAGGACUUCUCUGAGGAGAUCCCACAAGAGCAUCAGAGAAUCUGCAAAAUGAUCUACUACCUCUGGAUGUGGCAUUGUGUGACGCUGUUCCUGAAUGUUCUGGCGUGUGUGGCUGAUUUCACCAUUAAAACAGAUGCGGGGGUGGACUUCGGCCUCUCCAUCCUCUGGUUCGUUCUGUUCACCCCCUGCUCGUUCCUCUGUUGGUACAGACCCGUGUAUAAAGCCUUCAGGUCUGACAGUUCCUUCAAUUUCUUUUUCUUUUUCUUCAUUUUCUUCGCUCAAAUCGCCGUGUCAAUCAUUCAGUGCGUGGGCAUCCCUCGAUGGGGCAACAGCGGCUGGAUUGCUGCAAUGGAGGCAAUUGGUUCAAAUAAAGCGGUUGGCGCUAUUAUGAUGGUGGUGGCCGCAUUCUUCACCGUGUGUGCUGUGAUGUCUGUCGUCUUGCUCAAAAUGGUUCAUUCUCACUAUCGUCACACCGGCGCCAGUUUCCAAAAGGCACAGCAGGAGUUCUCCCAGGGCGUCCUGACCAACCGCACCGUACAGAGUGCUGCAGCCAAUGCGGCCGCCAGCGCCGCCCAGAGCUCUUUCCAGACGAACUAGACCCACAAAACACCCCCAGAAUCCCGCAGAGCCUCCUUUCCAUUGGCCCGGUGGUCCGCACGGAACCCAAAGCCCAGCUACGAUCCCAAACGUUGCCCUUGUUCACCCGCUUUGGUUUCUCGGUCUUAAUGUGGCCUUUGGACUGCAGAGGCGCUAGUUUCCAAAUGUUUGUGGUUUGACGUUUAAAUGUGUUUGUAUAUUUUUGUAUGUAUGCAUUAAUGGUUUCCUGUAUCCUUUAUUUGAGUUUGGUCAUGCUGUAUAUAAAGUCCUAUAAUGAUUCCUGAUUGUCCAUGAGGCACAGGAGCGAUCGACUUUCUAUAAAAUGACCAUGAAUGAUAUUGAACCAUUCGUAACUCCCUUGACAAUGAAGUUUAAAUGCAUGAUUUGAUGUAAAGGUUUAGAUGAUGAAUGCAAUUCUGCUGUAAUAUAAUUACUAAAGGUUUGGAGUUGUACAUAAUCAACAGAAUGUGCCUAAUGGAUGCAUCGGCAUUCCCCUCAUUUGUAAUUUCACAGAGAUUUCCUAAAAACCAUUCAGCGUUCCUUACUAGUGCCAAAAACUAGGAACUCCUAGAGUUCCUUGGCAUGAAUGUGAGCAUAAUUUAAAUAAUUACCUCUGAAUCUUGAUGUCUUAAUCGUAGGACUGAAGGGAGAUGUGAUGUAUUUCUUUAUAUUGGGUUUGUAUGGAGACUUGUUCUUCUGCAUAUAUGGGAUAAGGCUUUUUAGGCGACUUUAAACAGACAAAUCGAAAUAGUGUCACUUGUACCGCAAGUUAAAUUUGCCUUAAUGAUUUUUUUAUAGCCAUUUUGGAAAAUCCUUGCAAUUAAAAUGAUUUGAAAUUUUUAUGUUGACAAUUUUUACGCAAGCGAGACGCCAAUGACACAUCAAAAAGGGUUACAUAAUUCUGUCAGUCGAGAUCAGUUUAAUAUAUUUCAGCAGUAUGAGUACUUAACAAGUUUGAAAAUUAAAUUUUUU